GUCAAAUGUCAAAUUGGCAAAAUACAAAAAUAAACAAUCACAAUGUGGUUUUAUCAUUUUCAAUAUUUUUUAAAAUGUAUUUAUUUGUAAUAAAUAAACUUAUACAUUACAAUGUAUCACGUAACAAAGAUAAAUAGAUUCCAGAAAUUAAAAUCAUUAGUAAACGUUCUACCUCAUGGAAAAAGUUUAAAAACAGUAAACAUAAAUGAUUCUAAAGUAGUACCCGGUGAUGUUAGAAAAUUAUUGAGACAAAAAGGAUUUGCCGUACUGGAUGGUUUCACAUCGGUCACAACUAAAUGUACGAUAUGCUCAAACGAUAAGGAUAAUGAAAAAAAAUGUGAUAACAAGCUUUUUGUCAACAAAACAACAGGUUACUUUACUUGUCCUAAGUGUAAUGUUCAUGGAGACUGGAACAUCCUUGAGAGAUUAAUAAAGAAAUCAAAACCUGAAGGCUCAAUCAAAGAGUACAUUGAAAAUUUACACAAUGAAGUGAACACUUUUCAAAAAGCCUGGCAGAAAGUUAUAGAUGAGACACAACCCAUACAGAACUUAAGUGAAACAGAGCUAUUGGAUCUUUUCCGGUUAUUUGAAUUUCCUUACCACCAUGAUGCUGGCAAGGUUUUAUCAGAGACAAGGGUGUCAAUGGACCAUACAGUAUUAUAUUUUCCUUUAAAAAACUCAUUAGAUAUCACAGUGGGUUACCGCAAGUUGCAAGCAGGGCGGGAGGAGGAAAUGCAGAACCAUGGACUGUUUACAGCUGGGCUGUUUUAUUGUAGAGCCUUGAAAGUCAAUCGCACUGACCAGGCCAUACUUGUGCCUAGUAUACAGGAUGUACUAAAUUUGGCUGCAAGUAAAGUUCCUGGUACCUACAUUUGGCUAAGCAACUGCAGUUUACCGCCAGUACUUUUACCCACUCUAGAGACUUAUCAGAGGUUAUGUCUAUGGGGCGACUGGGACAACAUGAGAGUUGUUGCAGAGAAGCUGGGAGAAGACAGGUGCCGUUUUGUCAGACCCACAGAUGGGCUGGUGACGGCGUCGGAGGCGGCGGCGGCGGGCCUCUCUCUGAAGACGCUGGUGACGGAGGCGAAGCCGGCGGCGCAUAGAGCCAUCACCACCUUCGCAGCGUUGCGGGACGAUGUGUAUGCUGAGCUCACAAAUAUUGACAAGGUGCGAGGCGUGAAGUGGCGGCGUUUCCCGGCGCUGACGCGGCUGGUGGGCGGGCACCGGCGCGGCGAGCUCACGGUGUUGACGGGGCCCACCGGCUGCGGCAAGACCACGCUCUGCGCCGAGAUGUCGCUCGACCUCGCGCAACAGGGGGUAACGACUCUAUGGGGCAGUUUCGAGAUCCGCAACUUCCGGCUGGCGCGCACGAUGCUGCAGCAGUUCGCCGGCGUGCCGCUGGAGCAGAACCUGCAGGACUUCCCCAAGUUUGCUGAUGAGUUCCAGAAACUUCCCGUCUACUACCUCGCCUUCCACGGACAACAACCCAUCAAAGUUGUAAUGGAGGCGGUGGAGCAUGCGCGCUACAUGCACGACAUAGCGCACGUGGUGGUGGACAACGUGCAGUUCAUGCUGGGGCUGGGCGAGGAACGCGAGGGCGACCGCUACCUGCGGCAGGACGCCGUCAUCGCCGCCUUCCGCACGUUCGCCACCGCGCGCCACUGCCACGUCACGCUCGUCAUGCACCCGCGGAAGGAACGUAAUUCUGAAGACCUCUCGACCAGCUCUAUAUUUGGCAGCGCCAAGGCAUCACAGGAAGCGGAUAAUGUCCUCAUCAUACAAGACAAGAGAUUGACGGCAGUUCGCGGCAAAAAGUAUCUCCAAGUCGCUAAGAAUCGAUACAGCGGUGAUCUCGGAAUAGUUCCUUUAGAUUUUGAUAAGGACUCUUUAAGUUAUCAAUCGAAAAAGAAAGCUAAGAGUAAACACGACGAACCUGAAAAGCUCCUAGACCAGUGUAUUGAAGAUUACUCUUUAGAAGAUCCACAUUAUAGUGCAAAAUCAUCAAAGAACCACAAACACAGAAACAAGCCUAAUGAGGCUGAUACAUUUCUUAGUGAUAUAUUAAAUUUAAAUAGAACCAGAUAACGCAAGCUAUCACUGUUGGAUUCUGGCGGUAUUAAUGCAUGUGAUAUACAUUUUAUCUAUUUUUGAUAAAAUGUAUAUCCCCAAUAUAAUAAAUUGCUAUGCCAGGCAGCAUUGUUGUGUGAUGUGAGUGUAUGUAUUGAAUACCGAGUAAGCCAGGGAUUCUAAGAUUGAAUCUGCAGCAAAGAAAGAAAUAAAAUAUCUUUAUUGAUACAUUGUGCCACAUAGCACAUUUAUUUCAGAAUAAAUACCCUGCGAUAUGUGGCUUAACCUAGAAAAAGGUCCCAGCUCAGCAUAUUGCUAUAUGCUUCCCACAAGCAAAGAGCAAAGUAUAUAUAGCAUAUAAAGAUUUCAUGCAUAAACGUAAAAUUUUCAUAUCAGUACAGCGAGAAAAAUACAAUAAACAAAUCUGUUCUGCAUUUAAUACUUUUUAGAGUACCUUUUAAAAAUAAUUAUUGAGUAAUAUUUAUUCAAGUCAUAGAUUUAAGAGUCGGUACGGAGUACAUUAUAAAUCUAUGAUUCAAGUUAUAAAAUAAAAAUGACUGAAAGUAUCAAUAACCUAAUCCAAACAUUGUUUAACUAAGUAUUCAGAAUUUAAGAGCUAUUUUGACAUUCUCUGGAAGGAACAGGAGUUUGUAAGCGCCUAACUUUGCUUUUUGCCUUCACUAAACAAAUGAACUUUUCUGAGCUGAUUAGUGUCUGUCACAGUGAAGUUAAAAAAAGCUUAAAGUAUAUAUUUUAUGUACAUAAUAUUAUGUAUGUGUAAAUUGUAAUGCAUUUUAUGAAUUACAUUUUUGAUUAGAAAAUGUAACAA